AAAUACACAGCAUUCGUCCGCGGACUAUAGUUAAGGAUGCUUGGCUUGCAAACAUAUGGUAGUUCGUCCGAAGGCGAGUCGGACAACGAGCAGAGAGGGCGAGAGAAAGAAGAGCCUGCUCAUUUGAAACCGCUGGACACAAAACAUUCUCUAUCAAAAUCAUUGGCCAUUGUUGCGGCGCCCGAGGUUGUGCCCAUAGGAGCGGCGGCCGUGCCGCGUACACUGGAUCCAACGCUUAAGGAGGUUACCUACAAUCCCAAGUUCGAUGAAAUGUAUGCGCCUGUGAAGGGACCGGAGCAUCCAAACAUGACCAUGCAACAGCGGGCGCCACGAAACACUCUGGCUGGAUAUGUGGAGAAGGCGCACAUUAACGCAUUUGAGUUUGAGAAUCAACGACGCACGUUCCACACAUAUGGCUAUGCCUUAGACCCCACAGUGGACGAGACUGCCGAUGGACAGUCGUUUGUCGGUGAUUUGCAAUCCGCCUACGAUGACAAUGGUAAGACAGUAUUUGAACCACCAAAGGCAAAGAAAAUGCGCAAGCAAGAGAAGAACGACAAUCCCGAAGAUGUUGAGGGCUUCCUCGGCCCCUGGGGCAAGUUUGAGAACGAAUUGAGCAUAGCGCGUCCUAAUGAGCAGGAACGUGCUGAGCUUGAUGAGCUGCUGUCAAAGCGACACAAACGCGGACGCAUACCAGAGGACAAGCCACUCGAGGAGAAGUCCACACUGCAUAUCAAAGAUGCCUACGAUUACCAGGGACGUUCAUAUCUGCAUGCUCCACACGAUUUGGGCGUCAAUUUACGUUCGAAUGCACCGCCACCAAAAUGUUUUCUGCCCAAGGCACACAUACACACUUGGACGGGUCACAACAAGGGUAUCUCUUCUGUACGGUGGUUUCCCAGAACUGCCCAUUUACUGCUCUCCGGUUCCAUGGAUUGUCGUGUCAAACUGUGGGAGGUUUAUGGUGAUCGACGCUGCAUACGCACGUUCUCUGGUCAUCGUCAGGCCAUUAAGGACAUUGCUUGGAACAACAGGGGUACACAAUUCUUGUCUGCCUCUUAUGAUCGUUACAUAAAGCUUUGGGAUGCGGAAACGGGCGAUGUUAUCUCACGUUUUACCACACGCAAAAUGCCUUUCUGUGUUAAAUUUCAUCCGGACAAUAGUAAACAACAUUUGUUUGUAGCUGGCACAUCGGACAAAAAGAUCAUAUGCUGGGACACUCGGAGCGGCGAUAUUGUGCAGGAAUACGACAGGCAUUUAGGAUCCGUAAGCACCAUCACAUUUGUUGAUGACAAUCGUCGGUUUGUCACAACCUCGGACGACAAAUCGAUGCGUAUUUGGGAAUGGGACAUACCCGUUGAUAUGAAAUAUAUAGCUGAUCCUACUAUGCAUUCCAUGCCCGCAGUCACACUGGCGCCAAAUGGCAAAUGGAUGGCUUGUCAAUCACUAGAUAACAAAAUCGUAAUUUUCUCCGCAUUGAAUCGGUUCAAGAUGAAUCGCAAAAAGACUUUCACGGGCCACAUGGUCUCGGGCUAUGCAUGCCAGCUAGACUUCUCUCCCGAUAUGAGCUAUUUAGUAUCGGGUGAUGGUGAUGGAAAAUGCUAUAUCUGGGACUGGAAGACGACGAAGUUGUACAAAAAGUGGCAAGCACACGAUGGUGUCUGCAUCAGCACUCUGUGGCAUCCGCAUGAGGCCAGCAAACUGGUAACAGCCGGCUGGGAUGGUCAGAUAAAAUAUUGGGACUAAAUGCCGCAGCAUAUAUGUAAAAUGUAAUUAAUAUUAAGCGAACAAGUGUAUAAAUAAAAGCUAUUUACAAUUA